ACAUACACACAUCACUCACUCCUCGCUCACUCACUCCUCGCUCACUCACCCUCACACCCACACUCCCACUCUGCUACCGCCUCAUCCAGCUCCUCUCCUCCUGCAAGCUCCUGUAUCCAUCUCAGCUGCAGCUCGAAGCUCGACCAGGAUGAGCAAGCCAUCGAGGUGCAGGGCGCUGCAGAUGCAGGCCGCCCUGCUCCUCGUCUUCCUCCUCGCUGCCUCCCUGCUCCCGGCCGGCGACGCAGCUUCAGGGUUCUGCGCGGGCAAGUGCGCGGUGCGGUGCGGGCGGUCGCGCGCGAAGCGGGGGGCGUGCAUGAAGUACUGCGGGCUGUGCUGCGAGGAGUGCGCCUGCGUGCCGACGGGGAGGAGCGGCAGCCGCGACGAGUGCCCCUGCUACCGCGACAUGCUCACCGCCGGGCCCAGGAAGAGGCCCAAGUGCCCUUGACCGCCCUCUCGUCUCGUCCGCCCACCGUCUCCCUCAAGGCACCAACGGCUUCUUCGACCUCUACUCCACCCUGCCGACAGGAGUAGUAGCCUAGCUACUGUGUGUGAUGUUGGACGCGCGUGCUCAUGUCACUUCCCUGUGCUCGCUCGUGCUAAUUAUUGGUGUGAUGCGUAUUGUCGCCUGCUAAAGUGCUAAGUAUGUGUUGUCGUUGUAUCACGAUCGACUUGUAGAAGCACUCUGCUACUAGCUGGGAUCGUCGAGUGAGUGAGUUUGCUGCCUGUAAAUUAGCAAGUGUGUGGCUGCAUGUGUACUCUACGUGGUUGUAGUACGUACUAGCUAACUUGUUCUCCGUGUGUCUAGCUGAACAGAAGCAGUGUGGCUAGCUGAGGCCUGCAGGCCACGUAGCAUGCGCACCGAGCUUACAAGUAGCAAUGGAAUCAUCAUGUUGCCGUCUUUGUAA